AUGGGAAACGUGCCAUCCAAUAUUUUUUGUCAAAAUGAUGAAUUUAUUUACUCCUGUCCAAUAGAAGGUACAGGUGACCUUAAUUCAACCGAAAUAAGGCGAUCUAAGGAAACUGUUAACUCUGAACUUAUUUCAAAUUUCCACGAAAAGCUGGAGAAUUGUUGGGAAGUUCUUCUCCAUGGGAAAGAAGUCAGCAAUAAUGGAGAAUUCAUGGGUUUCAGAGUACCUUUGGAGAAUGGAGAACUGAGCGAAUAUAGGUAUGUAAAAUACUCUUAUGUGAUUAGAAAAGCCAAGGAAUUAGGGAGUGGUUUACUUCAUGUUGAAGGAGUCGAGGAGCGAAAAUUUGAUGAUUGUAAUAUUAAAUUAAAAUGCGUUGCUUUAUUUGCUAAGAACUCUCUGAACUGGUCAAUUACUGAACAUGCCUGUAAUGCCUAUGGGAUUUCUACUAUUCCCCUUUAUGAUGUACUUGGUAAUAGUGGAAUAACUUAUAUUUUAAACUCGACACUUCCGAAAACAGUCUUCUGUUCUGUUGAAUGCUGCAAAAAACUACUUCCAUUAUUGGAGUCAAUAAAAAGCGUGAAGAUUUUAAUUAUGAUUAAUAACGAUUCCAAGUCUAUUCAAGAAGAUAUCACUGAAUAUGUAAAGGAAAAUGUAACAAUCAUGGACUUUGAAGAGCUAAUUAAAAUUGGUAAGAGCAAUCCAAGGGAAAUUUCUCCUGGUACAUUGGAUUCAAUUCAUUCAAUCCAUUAUACAUCAGGUACAACUGGGAAUCCUAAGGGUGCCGUUUUAACGCAUAGAGCAUGGAUUUCUUGUGCUGCCGGUUUUAUUUAUGGUCAAUUGGGACGUAAAGGUACCAAACUGGGUCCUGAUGAUAGGCAUAUUAGCUAUCUUCCUCUUGCACAUAUUUUUGAAAGAAUUGUUCACGUUGUAUUUACUUAUUUGGGUGGAAAGAUAGGUUUUUACAGUGGAGAUGUUCGGAGAAUUGUGGAUGAUAUCCAACUAUUCAAACCAACAAUUUUUAUAACAGUCCCAAGAGUUUUGAAUAGAAUCCAUGAUAAAGUUAUGAUGAAUGUUGAACAAAAGCCAAAAUUCUUGCAAAUGCUUUUCCACUUUGCUCUUCAGCAAAAAGAAAAAAAGGGCUCUCCUUUUCACUUUAUUUGGGACACAAUCGUUUUCAACAAAACCAAGGAAAUUUUGGGAGGUAAUGUUAAGGCCAUAUUGAGUGGAGCCGCUCCAUUAGAUGAAACAGUUUUAACCCGAAUAAGGUGCUUUACCUGCUCUUACUGUUUUGAAGGAUACGGUAUGACUGAACUUCUCGCUGCAUUUAUGUCUGAAAUCAGCGAUAACUCUAAAAAUAUCAUUGGUGGCCCUCCCGGAUGUUGCGAAUUCAAACUUGUCUCAGUUCCCGAGAUGGAUUAUAGUGUAAAAAGUAACCCUCCUGCUGGAGAACUUGUAGUUAGAGGGCAUUCUUCUUUUAUUGGGUACUUUAGAAAUGAAGAGGAAACCAAGGCAGUAAUAUGCGAAAAAGAGGGUUGGAUAAAAACCGGUGAUAUUUGUCAUCUUCUCCCGAAUGGAUCUAUUAGAGUUAUUGAUAGAAGAAAAAAUAUAUUCAAGCUAUCCCAAGGAGAGUAUGUUGCUCCGGAAAAACUCGAGAAUAUAUUUGUAAUUUGUUGUGAACUGAUUUCUCAGGCCCUUGUCAUUGGUAGGUCAACUGAAAGCUUCUUAGUUGCUAUUUUUGUCCUUGAUGAAGAAUUUACCAUGAACUAUGUGAAAGCCAACAAGUUAGGAGACAAUUUGAAAUUCAAAGAUGUUGUUGACCAUCCCAAAAUCAUUGAGAAAAUUAGAGCCGACCUUGAAAAGGCUGAAGUUCAACAUAAAAUGCUUGGUUAUGAAAAGAUUCGAACAUUCAAAUGUGUAUCCACACCAUUCUCCGUUGAAAACGAACUUCUCACCCCAACAUUUAAAAUUGUUAGGCACAAAGCCAUUAAAUUUUAUGAGGAUUCAAUCAACGAAAUGUACAAGAAUGGUUCUUAA